AGCUACAUCAGUGUGCUGCUGUCGUGUGUUGUUACAGACGGGGUCUUCUAACUUUGUGAGGCGCUGCUGUGAUGGUUCACUGAUGCAAACCAAGGAAAACAGGAACAGGAUGUGGGCCUUUAUAAUCCUUUAUAUCCUGGGACUCAACGUCUGUCAGGCUAGUGGAGAAGACAAUUCAACACAAAUGUAUUAUGUCAAACUGACCAUAGAGGAAAGUGCAAUCCCAAACAUAACUCAGAUUCUGAAUCCUUUUGUGGCUAACAACAACCAGAUUAACAACCUGACAAAGACAACAAUCUGUCGGAACGUCUUGGCUGGCAAAGAGUGUAGCUGCAUGCCAUCCUUCAGAUGGAGCAAUGAAGUUUGUCAAUCUAGUCAGAAAUGUUGCGACCAGUAUUGCACCUUCACCAACAUCCCAGCUCCCAUGUGUGUUUCGAACAAUACAGUUGCUGUCAAUGGAUCAAUUGUUUUAACAGGAGUGCAGUAUCACAAUUGUCUGAAAGAAAAAAACACUGUGGAAUUCCAGAAGUGUAAUAAUGAUUUGUUAAAAGAGAUGAAAACAGUGUUCAGCACUUUGAGGUGGAUUGGAAGCAUCAUUGCAGAGUUUGAAAUGACCAUUGCUGACAUUGUCACACAAGAAGAUCUGAUUAAAACAUUAAGAAGCCUUAGCGGAAAUCUGAACGCAACUCUUAAAUUGGAGAUUAAAGGUUCAAUCCGUUUAAGCAUAUCGCCUCCCUCUGUAUGCUACAAGGAUCAACCCAUCCUCACAUGCACAUUACAGGAGGUCCUGAACAGCCCACCGCUGUGGCAGCUGAAAAGAACGGACGGAGUAUUUCAGAUAUUCAAUGGCACAGAGUCAUUGGUGACAUCAGAACCAAUGAGUACCAGCGUCAUACUUAACACACAGAUACCAGAUCGUUGGGAAGGAGAGUACUCAUGUACCUAUACUCAAAACAUAGCCUCAAACAUCAUAACUCACAAAGCCAGUGCUGUAAUGGACAUAGCCCUCCUGCCAAACAUUGACAGCACCACAUCACCAGAAUUUCCACGCUGCAAAGCAGGUUCAGAUUUUGUGAACGUAAGAGGUAACUGUGACAUAGGGACCAACAGCCAGGAAAAUUAUACUGUGAAGUGGACAGGCAACGGACUGUUUACAGACAUAACAGCUUCUGGUCCUUCUGGAGGUGUUUAUACAGGUGCUGCCAUUGUAAGCUGCACCAAACCCGAGAAUGGGAACAAACCACAACUAACAUGCACUUUUAAUAACAAGUGCGGUGAAACGAAAAACGCUACAACUGAUGUCAACAUCAUAUAUGCAACUGAUAAAUUCUGUGCAGCUGAUGGGGAUUGGGGAGACACCAAAGCUGACUACACUGCAUACUUAAAAUGCUCUAGCGCGGCUGGACAAAGACAAAGGAAAUGCUCUGCACAGGGGACGUGGGAGACAGAGAUUGCAGCGUGUGUGAACCUGGAUGUGAACCUGGCGCUGCAGAAAGCAUACAUCGUCGACGUCGGACUUGGCUCACCAAAUAAAAAUGCUGCAGACGUAUUUUCCCUCCUUGGGAACAUCACUAAUAACUCACAGGCUAUCAACACUUAUUCCAACAUGAACGCAUCAAUUCAAGUACUCUUCAGUUUGAGUCAAAAGCCUAUCAGCAUAGAUGAGGAAUCAGCCACAAAUAACUUUCUGGAGUCAUCCAGCAAUUUGCUGGACAAGUCUCUUAAGGAAUCAUGGACCUUGAACCUUCAAAGCAAAAGCAAUAGUUCAUUGGCUCAGACAUAUCUGAUUUCUGUUGAGAACUUGAUUCAGAAGGCGAACAUAACAUAUGACAAAAAAAAAAAAAAUAUAGAGGUAGCGGCAUCCAAUUGCACACAGGGGUCACAGUGUAGCAACCAGGUGUUCAAUGUCACCGUCGAGCUUGAUAGCCAACACCCUGGCAGUGUAAAAACAGCUGGGUUUGAAGAACUGCAGAACUAUUUGCCCAGUGUACAGAACUUUGAUCCUAACAGCAUCGUUGUGUCAACAACGAUGACAACUAAUGAAAGAAAGCUAUUGGAAUCAGUUAAUGUUAAAAUCUACUUUCAAUUGCAAAACCCUAGGCCUCGGAACGUUAAAAUAAAGUGUGUCUCAUGGGACAAUACCACAGGAGCAUGGUCAGAAAAGGGCUGUGAAUGGCAGGGUGCUUCUGAAGAAGGAGUUUGUGCUUGCAUACAUUUGUCCUCAUUUGCCAUUCUAAUGUCAAGGUAUCCCGAAACCGUUGCUGGGCUAGACGAGCUGACCUAUGUCGGACUGUCUGUAUCGGUCGUGUCACUCAUUAUCAGCCUGGUGAUAGAACUAACUGUCUGGAGCGCUGUAGUUAAGACCAUUAGUUCAUAUUUACGCCAUACUGCCCAUAUACACAUUUCUCUAUGUUUGCUUAUUGCCGAUUGCUGUUUUUUAGCAUCUUCUAAUCCAGAAGAUCUUCCAGAAAUGUGGUGCAGGAUCUUUGUGGUGUUGAAGCACUUCUGUUACCUGUCCAUGUUCUUUUGGAUGUGGUGUCUGAGCAGCAUGCUUCUUCACAAAACCAUUUUUCCGCUCCAUCAUAUGAGCAAAAAUGCCUACCUGAAAUUCUUUCUAUUGCUGGGCUAUGUGUGUCCGUUGCUGAUUGUUGUUAUCACGUUUGUUUGCUAUAGUGGUGGCGCUAAAGACGUGUACUUUUCCAGCGAUACCUGUUGGCUGCGUUAUGUUGGACUUAUGAAAGGGUCCAUCCAUACAUUUGUCAUACCGGUCGGUAUAAUUGUCUUUUUCAAUGUGUUCUCCAUGCUGGUGGUAAUCAUGAAGCUUUUGGAUCACCCUAUAAAUACAGACAAAGCCAAUGAAAAUGACAGUGAAAAAAAGGCUGUCAAAACUGCCAUGAGGUCAGUUAUUCUUCUGACUCCAAUCUUCGGUGUGACUUGGAUUUUCGGGUUUGCUGUCAUGCUAAUUGACCUCACAGCUGGAACCGUGGCCUUUGCAGUCAAUUAUAUCUUCACCCUGCUGAAUGCAUUCCAGGGUUUUUUCAUUUUGUUAACCACGUGCCUGGGGGACAAACUGAUCCGCGAUGCACUGCUGAAAUGUCUCAGGAAAAAUGAUCCAGCAUCAACUACCGACAGCUCCACGAAGUUAGACUCCACUUGGAAGCAGUGAAAAUCAUCAUAACAAACAUGUGCACUCUUACAUCAAAACAAAGUACAUCUUGCACAUAAAACCACAGAUAAUAGCUUAAACGGGAACACCAUCUAAAUUAAGAAUUCCAAUAUGCUAUUUCCAUGACAUAGGAAGGUUCAAUCAAUAUUUGUGAACAUGAUCGACUCUCUCAAAAAGCCAGAAACCAGAGAAGUAAAGUUUGAUUUAUGACCCUGUGGAGGCUCCACGCAGAGCAGUUGCCGUAGCUUACGUAAGUGGCCUGAAGUUUAUACUUGUGCGUUUGUGUGUGCGUCGA